AUGAGCUACCUCCGCCUCUUCUGCCAACUCGCAACCCAAGCGCGACUCAGCGAUGACCGUCCCCCAAAGUUUGACGGAAGUACCGUACGCAUAUCUAGGGCCUGGGAGUUCUCACGGAGAGAUGGGUUGGCGUUUAGCAGAGGAAAUGAUGGGCUUAAACUAGUUUGGCUGAAGCCCGAGGAGAGAAUGGCAGGCCACCGUCAGCGCAAUCGCGCUAUCACGAGUGGCAGGGGAAAUAGAGAGACGAGAGAUGAUGGAACUGCUCAUACUGCCAACACUGGUCAGGCGAAUGGCCGAGGGGGUUUGGAAGGGGCACAUACUCCGAUAAGAGGCUGUAUGUGUAUGGUGUGUAGAAACGGGAGACAAGCCGGAGCAGUAGCGAGAGGAAGUAGUGGUGGUGGUGGUGGUGGUGGUGGCAGAACGAGAGUUCGCUUUGAUUUGUGGCGAUGA